AUGAAGCAAAUUGUAGUGUUUAGUAUUUUUCUGAUCGCAAUUGUGGCCCAAGUGUUUACUUUUCAAUUUUGUAAUGAUUCCAUGGCACCUGACGCCGUGUCUCAGCAGCUUGUAGACUUCAGAAGACGACAUCCGAGACCAGUAGGAGUGCUGACGAAAAUAACAGGAAGACCACUGGAUAUAAGAGACACGGUUACAUUAAAUACUGACAUAUUCACCAACAUUAAUUUUUUCCGACUGAAUUCUCAUCAAGAUAGGGAAAGAAUACCUGAACGUCUUGUUCAUGCGAAAGGAGUUGGUGGGUUCGGAUAUUUUGAAGUUACUAAUGAUGUAUCCAAAUAUACUAAGGCUGAUGUAUUCAAUGGUAUCGGAAAAAGAACUCCACUUGUAGUACGUUUUUCUACUGCUAGACAAAACCGCGGUGGAUCUGAUAUAGACAGAGAUGCAAAAGCGCUUGUUGUAAAAAUGUACACCGAGGAAGGCAAUCUGGACUUUAUAACUUUUAAUAUACCUGUUUUCGUAUAUAGAGACCCGAUAGAUUUCCGUUCAUUCAUUCGUGCUUUUAGAAGAAAUCCUCGAACCCAAGUGUUUGAUAAUACCAUGCAAUGGGAUUUUCUGACAUUAAAGCCGGAAUCACUUCAUGCUAACUUGUGGCUUAUGUCAGAUCUUGGCUUACCAGAUGGUUUUAGGAAGGCAAAUUAUUUUCCAUUUCAUACAUAUGAAAUAUAUAAUAAAGAAGGCAAAAGAUAUUUCGUUAAAUUUAAUUUCCGAACGGAAAUUGGUUUGUUUAAUCUAACCAAUACUCAAGGAAGUGUAUUACGUUCUGAGGAUCCUGACUAUUACAACAGAGAUUUAUAUAAUGCUAUAGCGAACAAAAAUUACCCAGCUUGGAGGCUAGAGAUGGAUAUUUUAACAAAAGAGGACCUGACAAGAGUUGAUUUUGACCCUUUUGAUAUGAUCAGAUUGUGGAAAAGAGGCAGUUAUCACACUGUUACCAUAGGAAGACUCGUUUUAAAUAAAAACGUUGAUAAUCACUUUAAAGAUACAGAGAAAACUGGUUUUAAUCCUGAUAAUUUAGUCCCAGGUAUAGCAGGACCUCAUGAUGCUAUGUUCAGAGCUCGAAAGCUUUUCUAUCUAGACGCGCAGAACUAUCGUCUGGGAGCAAAUGCCGCCAACACACCAAUUAAUGCUCCUUUGUAUAAAAAAACAUACAGUCGAGACGGAGUUGCACCGGUGUUGGAUAAUAUGAAGGACGCACCAAAUUAUUAUCCAAACUCUUUCAAUGGCCCUGUACCCUAUGUAGAUGAAAGUCGACCAAAAGAUUUACCUAUAAUUUUGCAGACCACUGCGAUUGACCUACAACCAUUGGCGGAGUUUUAUAACGAAAUUCUAGAAAGUGAUUCACAUAGACAAAGGGUUGCAGAAAAUGUAGCUAACACUAUGCUGAAUAUACCUCAUGAUCUUGAAAAAAGAGCUUUGCUCUUAUUGACACAAGUAGAUAUGGACUUGGGUAGCCGUGUGUCAGCUGCAUUAGAAGCAUUGAAGAUGGUAUCUCAAACGGAAAGGCUUGAUCAGAUUACACAGUGUUUUGCCAAUGCAGAUCGAGAAAAAUAUUAG